GGCCUCGUCUCCAGGCCGUGCAGCUGCUGCUACCGCUACCCGUCUGCCUGUCUCUCGGUCUGUCGGUCCACCCGCAGCAUGAGCGGCCUGCGCGUCUACAGCACGUCGGUCACCGGCUCCCGCGAAAUCAAGUCCCAGCAGAGCGAGGUGACCCGCAUCCUGGAUGGGAAGCGCAUCCAGUACCAACUAGUGGACAUCUCCCAGGACAACGCCCUGCGGGAUGAGAUGCGAGCCUUGGCGGGCAACCCCAAGGCCACCCCUCCCCAGAUUGUCAACGGGGACCAGUACUGUGGGGACUAUGAGCUCUUCGUGGAGGCUGUGGAACAAAACACACUGCAGGAGUUCCUGAAACUGUCCUGAACCAAGCCAGCGCCCGGACUCCGUCACCACAUUCCCCUUAGCAAUCACCCAGCCACGAAGGACCUUGUGACCAACCGCCUGGUAUUCUUAACCUUCUGACCUUGGAUCCCCUCCCCCUAACCCAUGACCUUUCUCCCCUCUCCUAACUGUAGCCCCUCCUCCAUUCGAAGGCAACAUUCCUUACCCACUAGUCUCAGAAAUUAACAGCCCAAGUGCUGGCUGUUGUCAGCCAGGUCCUGAGACUGCCACCCUUCCUGGCACUGGCUAAUGGGCACCUUUGCUGGUUCCAUUAGCCAGGGCUCUGCCAAAUGCCCCGCAAUCCCCAUCUGGGAGCACCGCAGAAACAAUUAAAUGUCCCAUUCCAUUGGCA